UGGCCAGAAGUUUCAGUGUAGUCAGUGGGCUUUCAAACUUCAUCAUGAUGGAGGCCAACCAGGAAACUUCCCUCUUCUUGAUGAAGAUCUUGGAGGAACUGGACAGCAAGCAAAAUACCGUUUCUUACCAGGACCUGUGCAAAUCACUAUGUGCUCGCUUUGAUCUGUCACAGCUCGCCAAGCUAAGAAGUGUGCUCUUCUACACGGCUUGUCUGGAUCCCAAUUUUCCAGCCACAUUAUUCAAAGACAAGAUGAAGUGCACCGUGAAUAACCAGCAAUCAAAGAAAAUCAUGGUGGCGGCGGAUAUCGUGACAAUCUUCAAUCUGAUCCAAAUGAAUGGGGGGGCUGCCAAGGAGAAGCUGCCUAUGGGCCAGAAGGGGCGCAAGAAGGAGGCAUCCUUUGAGUCCUGCAGGUCAGACACGGAGAUCUGCAAUGCCGAGUGUGAGCCCCUGAACUGUGAGCUGAGUGACAGGCCCUUCAGCCGGGGCUACCCCACCAGGCAGUCAUCCAAGUGCAGGAAGAUGGACUGCAAGGAAUGCCCACAGUUUGUCCCCGCCUCUGAGCCCAACUUCUUGUUGGGGGUCAGCAAAGAAGGAAAAAAUCGAGCUGCUUCCCUGGACAGGCUGCAGGCCCUGUCCCCAUACUCGGUGGCCAGCCCUCAGCCCUGUGAGAUGCAGAGGACGUACUUCCCCAUGAACAUUGAGAAUGAGUCCAUUUCGGAUCAGGACUCCCUGCCUAUCAGCCAGGGCAUCAAAGAAACCUUCAUCUCUAAUGAGGAGCCCUUCAUGGUUCAGUCCUGUGUUCAGAAAAGGAACAUCUUCAAAGAGGACUUUCACAAUCUCAUGGCUGUAUCCCCCAGUUUGGUUGGCCCCACCAAAAAAGCAGAAGGUGAGCGUGGGGAGCCCCAGAGCCGAAAGGAGCCCCAUAAGCCACCCUUCUUCAAUCACAGCUUUGAGAUGCCUUAUCACAGCCAGUACCUGAACCCUGUGUAUUCCCCUGUUCCCGACAAAAGGCGGGUGAAACAUGAAAGCUUGGAUGACCUCCAAGCCUCGACCUAUUUUGGACCCACUCCAGUGAUGGGAACCCAGGAUGCCAGGCGCUGUCCAGGGAGGCCCAGUAAACAGACCCCAUGGCCAGCCAAAAGCUGGAGCCUAAACACUGAGGAAGUCCCUGACUUUGAACGUUCAUUUUUCAAUAGAAAUCCCUCCGAGGAGAAGCUACGCUACCCAAAUUCUGGCAGCCAGACCCCCAAUUUCUCAGCCCCAGACAGGCGCCCAACUUACCUGGUGCCAAAGGAUCAACAGCCAAUUCUCCCUGUUGGCUAUGCAGCGAAACCAAAUGGGCUCAAAUCUAAAGAGAUUCCAUCCCCUGUUGACCUGGAGAAGCACGACGCUGUGAAGAAGUUUAAAGACAAGAGCAUCAGCUGCACCAGCGGACAACUCAGCUCAGACACUAGCAGCGUUGGUACCCAGACUGAGCAGCAUGUGCUUGAGUCCAAGAAAUGCAAAGACUUGUGCGCCUCCGGUCAGGGCAAGUACAGCGACAGGCAUGCCAUGAAGCACUCAGAUGACGAUUCGGAAAUCAUCAGCGAUGACAUCAGUGACAUUUUCCGAUUUCUUGAUGACAUGAGCAUCAGUGGUUCUACGGGAGUGAUACAGUCAUCCUGCUAUAACAGCACUGGCUCCUUGUCUCAGCUUCAUAAGUCGGACUGUGACAGCUCCCCAGAGCACAACCUCACCAAAAUCACCAAUGGGGUCCCCAACAGCAAGGGAGACAAGGGGAACCGGCCUGAAAACAUCCACCACUCGGAAGAAGAGUUGAAGACCAGUGUGUGCAAACUGGUGCUCAGGAUUGGUGAAAUUGAACGGAAGCUCGAGUCACUUUCAGGUGUCCGGGAGGAAAUCUCCCAGGUCCUGGGCAAACUAAAUAAACUGAAUCAGAAGCUACAGCAGCCAGAGAAGGUGACCGUGCCUAUGGAUCUGAACUCCUUGACCAGUGAGGCCCCAUCUGAUGACAGUGCCUCUCCGCGGGUGUUCCGUGCACACAAUGGCUCCCAUGGACCCAAGCUGGAAACCAACCCUGACUGGUGCUGCUCUGAUGCCAGUGGAAGCAACAGCGAAAGCCUGCGUGUCAAGGCCCUAAAAAAAAGCCUCUUCACCAGGCCGUCCUCUAGGUCCCUGACCGAGGAGAACAGCGCCACCGAGUCCAAAAUUGCCAGCAUCUCUAACUCGCCCAGAGACUGGCGAACCAUCACUUACACCAACCGCAUGAGUCUGAAUGAGGAGGAGAUAAAAGAUGCAGGCCCGGGUGGUAACAAAGACUGGCAUCGGAAAUCCAAAGAGGCAGACAGGCAGUAUGAUGUUCCCCCGCAGCACCGACUGCCCAAGCCGCCCAAAGAUGGUUUCCUGGUGGAGCAGGUGUUCAGCCCUCACCCCUACCCCACUUCCCUCAAGGCCCACCUGAAGAGCAACCCGCUGUACACGGACAUGCGGCUGACCGAGCUGGCCGAGGUGAAGCGGGGCCAGCCCUCUUGGACCAUUGAGGAAUAUGCAAGGAACACUGGUGACAAGGGCAAGCUGACAGCCCUGGACCUGCAGACACAAGAAUCUCUAAAUCCUAACAACUUAGAAUAUUGGAUGGAAGAUAUUUACACGCCAGGCUACGAUUCAUUACUAAAACGGAAAGAGGCCGAAUUCAGACGAGCCAAGGUCUGCAAGAUAGCUGCUCUGAUCACCGCUGCUGCGUGUACAGUCAUUCUUGUCAUUGUCGUGCCCAUCUGCACAAUGAAAUCAUGAGCCUGUGGACACAGCAUCCUGUGCAGCUUAUGACUGCUGUCUUCUGUAUUUCAGAAGCUGGCAGCAGUGUUGCCCACAGUUUGAUGAAACAGAGACAAAUCACAGAGGCUUUUCUGCAGAUGCUGAAGGUGGUCGUCAGAGAGUAUGAACUCUAGAGAGAAAUCUACCUACCUGUUAGCCUAGACUUAAUUACACUCUGAUGCAUUUUUAGAAGUGAAAUAUCUUUUCCUACUGAAAGAAUGUAAUGGGCUAUCAGAAAAUA